AUGCUCUCCUCGGCGCUGCAGAUCCUGGCCUUCGCCCUGGCCCUGCUGGGCGUGCUCGGCGCCACGGUGGCCACGCUGUCGCCCAACUGGAAGGUGAGCGCCGACGUGGGCGCCAACAUCAUGACAGCCGUGUCCCAGAUGCAGGGCCUGUGGAUGGACUGCACCUGGUACACCACCGGGGUGUUCAGCUGCUCCCUGAAGCACUCGGUGCUGGCGCUGCCGGCCCACCUGCAGGCGGCGCGCACCUCCAUGGUGCUGAGCUGCAUGGCGGGCUCCCUGGGCCUCUGCCUGGCCGCCCUGGGCCUCAAGUGCACCCGCUGGGGGGGCGGGCGGCGGGCCAAGGCCCACACGGCCGUGGCGGCCGGCGGGUGCUUCGUGUUUGCGGGCGUCCUCUGCCUGGUUCCCGCCUCCUGGUUCACCAGCGAGGUCAUCACCGCCUUCCUGGACGCCAGCGUGCCCGACAGCGGGAAGUACGAGCCCGGCGGCGCCGUCUACGUCACCUUCAUCUCGGCCGGGUUCCUGCUGGCGGCCGGCGUGCUGUUCUGCAUGUCGUGCCCCGGCGCCUCCGCCGCCGCCGCCACUGCCGCCGCCGUCGACCCGGAGAAACUGAGGCAGCGGCAGCGGGAGAAGGAGGAGCAGGAGAGGGAGGAGAAGAAGAAGAAGGAGAGGGAGGAGGAGGAGGAGAGGAAGAGGAGGGAGGAGGAGAAGAAGAGGAAGGAGGAGGAGGAGGCGGAGGAGGAGAGACGCAGGGUCCAGCAGCAGGAGCAGGAGAAGAAGAAGAAGAAGAAGGCGGCGGAGGAGUCGACUCCUCGGGAGAGGGAGAGGCAGUACUACUCCCCGUCCCGCGCCCCACCGUCCUCCAACCUUAAGGGUCGCUACAGCCUGCAGGACUACGUCUGA